AUGGGUCUCACCAACGACAAGUUCCCCUCCUCGGCCGCUUUCGACGCCAUCAACGAUGCGCUUGGCUCCAGUGAGCCCGACCGCAAGGACGCCAUUAAGCAGGGCAACGCCGUCUUCGCCUUCACCCUGAAGAACUCGGCCGGCGAGACCGACAGCUGGCACAUUGACCUCAAGGAAAAGGGCGCAGUCGGCAAGGGCGUGGGCACGAAGCCCACCGUCACAUUGUCUCUGUCCGACUCCGAUUUUGGCAACCUGGUCCAAGGCAAGGCCAACGCCCAGAAGCUUUUCAUGUCCGGCAAGCUCAAGAUCAAGGGCGACGUCAUGAAGGCCACCAAGAUGGAGCCUAUUCUGAAGAAGGCCCAGUCCAAGGCCAAGUUGUAA